AUGUCAUCGAAAAUUGAACAGAUUCUGCUUAUCGAGCCUUCGCACGAGCUCAAAUUCAUAGGUUAGUGGCACUCGUGAUAAACGCCAAUUUGGGCGCAUACAUUUUUUAGAUGUGGGCGUAGGUACCUAUUUGGCGCAUUCCGUUUACACAUUGUACCAUCCGACAGAUUCUGAAAUCGAAGUAGGAAUUUGGCACUUGGUUUCCCUAGAAUAUUUACCAUUAUUCAAACUAUUUGUCUCUAUAGGUAAUCAUCAUUUAUAUGGUACGAUGACCCUCUUCAGUCAUUUAGUCUUUACUAUAAGUUGUUUAUCUGUUUAUCAGUGUUUCAACCCAGAAUAUUUUUCCGAAAUGAUUUUAAUAAUAUUUAUAAUGUUUGGUGUACUAGGUAUCUAGAGCAAAUUACAAAUAUUAAAUACUUUGUACUUUUAUAAUAGUUGAGAUUUAUGCAUUUAAAUGAUUUCAAUAGUUGUUUAGUAUCUAGGUAUUAAAUUUAAAAUUUGACUUACCUAGAUACCUAUUUAAAGAUAUAAAACCUCAAUUUUAUUAAUUUUUCUUAUACAAUUCUAUUAAAAUUAAUUUCAUUAGAUCUCUAAAAUUAAAUACAAAUUGAUAUUAAUUUUCGUAAAAUAUUUAAUUAAUGUACUGUUGCAAAAUAUUAACAAAUGUUUAAAAGGGACCAUUUUCUCGCUUCUGAAUGUGAUAAUAUUUACCAUAAAAAUCAUUUUCAUAUAUUUUAACAUCCUAUGAAAACACUUCUUAAACUAAGUUUGAUAUAAAUACAAUAAGCAUUACUUAAUGGUGGUGUGUAAUAAAUAUUUUUCUUCUUGGAGUCUAUCGGCCAUUAAGACCUUUCCGUCGCACUUUCAAUUUUCUAAUCUUUAUCAGCCGCUUGUGUUUUCCAAUUUUGAUCUAGGUCAGUUGAUCCCCGCGAAAAACACGUAAGUGGAUAAUCGGCCCCCGGCCACAUUAUUGUUAACUACACAUAUGGUUUUAUAGGUAUAUAGUUUAUAUUAACGUUUGAAAGUAUUACUAAUGGGUGGCUGUUUUUCUCAUAAAUCUCUAUAAUCUUUAUUAGGAGCAGUAACAUAUCAGUGCCCAAGUGGUAUAAAUUGUAGAUUUCAUUUAAAAAAUAAAUAUUUACAUUUUAUUUUUAGAUAAUAUACCUAAACUUUCAAUUGUGCAUUAAUAAAUAUAUUCUGAAUUGUACUCGAAGCCGAUGAUUAACUUAGUCAGUAUAUUUAUAACAAAUGUAUCAAUGUAGUUUUAAAAUAAAACCAUUUGAUUAAAAAAUAUUACCAUUUAUUAAUUUUUAAUCAAGUAUGUUAUACCACUUUAUUAUUUUCAUUUGAAAAUCUAUUCAAAUAAAAAUGUGAUUGUAAUCUAUCUUAAAGUAAUCUGAUGUUUAGGUAAAUGCUUUUUAUCUGAUUUUAGUAUUGACCCUAUUGUUAUACAGACCAAAACUACAUUUCAAAAUAAUAUAUUAAUAUUCAAAGUUGAAAGUUACAGGGUAUGAUGUACCACAUAUUACUAUUUAUAAGUAUUACAUAAGGAUUUAUAUCCAUAUUACCAGUUACUAUAAGUACUUGGUUAACGUAAAUUAUAUACAUAGUAUGAUCAAUAGAGCCAAAUAUUUUGAAGAAUCUGUUAUUGCAAUUAUGGAACAUAAAUUCCCCAUAAUUAGGCACGCCUAUAUAAAUGAAGUACUUAACCAAAAAUGUUACUAAACAAUUUUGAUGUGUAUUAAUGUUAAUUGAUAUUUAUUAGUUAUUAUACUACAUUUUCUUUAGUGAGAUACACAAAAAUAUAGGUAAAUCAAAUUUUUAUUACUUAGGUAGGUAUUGAAAUUAUUUCGGUUUUAUAUUUAAAUUAAGUACCUCCUAACUUAUCACUAAACAAAUAGGUGGGUACAUUAAAUGUUGUAGGAAUUUGAAAGAGUAUAAUAAUUAUACUUAUUAUUGAUAAUAUAUACUACCUAUAAACUAAUUAGAUAAAGAUAAUUUAAGAUAAAAUAAAUAUAUAUAUAUAUAUAAUAUUUUUUUAAUGUAUGGUUUCGUUAUAAAAUAUUUGUAGGUAAUAUUUUGUUAACAUUUUAUACAAUAAAUUGUUGUUUUAAAAAAUUUAAUGAGUCAUAUUGUAUAAGAUAUGGAAUAUUUUUUAAUUGGUAUUUAUAUUUUCUGAAUAUUAUUGUACCCAUAUAUGACCUCGGUUUAAUUGGUAUGACCAACAUUCUUAACUAAAAUAAUAUGUAAAUUACAAGAAAAAUUAAUUAUUUUAUAUUCUUUAGGUCCAUUUACUGAACCCGUUCAGACUGUUAUGACUUUGAAGAAUCCAAGUGAUAAAAAAAUUGCCUUCAAAAUAAAAACUACUGCACCAAAACGCUAUUGUGUUAGGCCAAAUUGUGGUGAACUUAUUCCUAAAGAAAAGACAGAAAUUUCAGGUAUACAUAAUUUAAUACUUGGAGGUAUUGAUUUGCAUCCAGAUUUUAAAGCGACAAAUUUAUUUAAGAAUUAUCAACUUUGUUUGUCUAAUUGAUAUUACCUUCUAAGCUUAUUUACUUUUUUUUUAAUAUUUUAAAGAACCUUUAAAUGAUUGUUUCCCAAAUGAUCUACUAACUUGUGUUUUGUUGGUGUGUGUUAUAAAUUUGUUAUCCAGUAAUAUUGCAACCAUUCGACUAUGAUGCCAAUGAAAGAAAUAAACACAAGUUUUUAGUACAGACAGUUGUUAUCGACCCUGUUGCUGACUAUGGAGAAGAUGGCAAAUAUUUUCAGGUUAACUUACAUGUCUCAAUUGUUUAUUUUGAAAUAAAUGUUCUUAAAUAGCAUCAAAUUAUAUUGAACUAUCCUAUGAUGAAUGGACAAAUAUAAUGACAAUUCUCUAAAUUAAAUUAUUUAUUUUUGUUGGGUACAUUUUCUUUUUGCUUAUUUAGAAGAUAUGUUAUAUUUAUUUUAAAUAUUUACUUAUUCAUUUAAUUUUAGUGGAAGGACAUUGAAAAAGAUAGAAUAAUGGAUUCGAAAUUGAAAUGCUCGUUUGAAAUGCCUACAGUUGAACAGUUAUUAGAAUCUAAAAACAUUCAUGAUGAAACAACUGUAAUUAUUUUUAUCAAUUCAAUUAGACUAUUAUUUUAAUGAUUAUUUUUGAAUAGGCUGUAUUAGAAACAAAUGUCGAGACAGAAUUACAAAAAGCAACUGCUGAACUUCAAGAAUUACGUGAAGAAGAGAACUCCUUAAGACAGGCAAAUACUGUAUUGAGAGUGAGAUAUUACUAGUUAAUUGUAUUUAUUUUUAAGUUCUUAAAAUUAACUUAGAAUUGUGUUAAAAUGUAAUAUAGGAAGAAAUAUUGAAGCUUCAAUUUAAAAUUGAUGACCAGCAAUCUCAAAAACGCUCUGUUGGUGGUAGUCAACAUUUGGAUAUGCAAAACAGAAAUGCCAAUAUCACCCUGAUGAUUGGUUUGGCGAUAGUAGUCGCCUUGUUGGGUAUUAUUGCUGGAAAAUAUGUAUUUUAG